AUGUACAUUAAGAAGAUCAUAAUCCAAGGUUUUAAAACCUAUAAGAAUACAACAGAGAUUGAUCUCUUGUCACCACAUUUCAAUGUUGUUGUUGGAAGAAAUGGGUCAGGAAAAUCCAACUUCUUCGCUGCCAUCAGAUUUGUCCUUUCAGAUACAUAUACACACAUGACUAGGGAGGAAAGGCAAGGCUUGAUACACGAAGGGUCUGGAACCGUGAUGUCUGCUUAUGUUGAAAUUAUUUUUGACAAUUCUGAUCGAAGAUUUCCUAUUCAAAAGGACGAGAUUGCGAUCCGACGUACCAUUGGGUUGAAGAAAGAUGACUACCUGAUGGACGGAAGAUCUGCCACGAGAUCUGAUAUAAUGAAUCUCCUAGAGAGUGCUGGAUUCUCUCGUCUGAACCCCUACUAUAUCGUUCCCCAAGGAAAGAUAACAGCAUUGACAAAUUCUAAGGACUCCGAAAGAUUGUCAUUACUAAAAGAGGUUAGUGGUGCCAAAGUCUUUGAAGCAAAACUUAAAGAGUCCACAAAAGAAAUGGCACACUCUAAUCUCAAAAUGGAUCGAAUUGACGAGUCUAUGGAGAAAUUAGAAGAGAAACUUUCCGACUUGCAAUUAGAAUCUAAUGAUUUGAAAGAGUACCAGCAAUUGGAGAAGAAACGAAAAAUUUACGAGUUCAACCUUUUUGAUCGUGAGUUGUCCUCACUCAGUACGCAAAUUCAAGAGUACGAUGAGGAAUAUGAGUCUGUAAUUUCUUCGUCACAUAAGGAUAUUCUGGAAUUGGAAAAAAGAGAAAAAUUGUGUCAAGAUCUCCAAACGGAAAUCGACUCUCUUCUGUCUAAAUUGAAAGUAUCAUCUUUAGAGAAGGAACAGGCAGCGUCGGAUUACAAUCGUGCUUUACAAAAUUUGGCUGAAAAGGAAGCAUCAGCAGCUGAAUUAUCAAGUACCCUCGGUAAUAUACAAGCAGAUGCUGAAGAUCAACAGGAAAGGAAAGCCAAACUAAUUUCAAUGAUCAGUGCGAAUGAUGCUACACUUCGUAGUGAACUCAGACCCAAGCUAGCGAGGUUAGCUGAAGAAGAAAAUGCUCUCAAUGAGGAAAUGGCAAAUUUAAGCUUGAAACAGCGAUUGCUUUAUGCCAAACAAAGUAGGUUCCUGAAGUUCGUCACAAAAGCGGAACGUAAUGAAUGGCUUGAUGAUGAGGUGAAUAAACUAACCGAUGAUUUGAAAGCAAAGUCGCAUCAAUACGAUGAGGUAUUAGAACAGAGAAAUGAAAACCAAGAAAAGCUUAUUGAAUGUGAGGGGUCCAUAAAUGAUUUGAGAGCAGUAUUGGAUGACGAGAAUCAGCAAAAGAAGAUCCAGGACAUUGAAAAAAGGAUCGAAGAUAUAAGGGCGAAAAUCACUGGUCUUUCUGAUGAAAGAAAAAAGUUAUGGCGAACUGAAAUUAAAGUCCGCUCGCUAUAUGAUUCUGCAGAACAUGAUUUUAUGGCUGCCAUUCACAAAGUGGCUCAAACUAUGGACAGGGCACAAGCCAAAGGUCUUGAUGCUGUGCAAGAAAUUUCUGAAAGACUUAACUUGCAAGAGAACGUAUUUGGCACAUUGGCUGAGUCAUUCACAAUAUCUGACAAGUACAAGACUGCGGUUGAAGUCAUUGCUGGAAACUCAUUGUUCCAUGUGUUGGUAGAUACAGAUGAAACUGCACUGGCAAUUAUGAGUGAAUUGGUACGCUUGAAGGCUGGAAGAGUGACAUUUAUUCCUUUGAACAGAAUCAACGUUACUCCCACCACAUUCCCGGAAUUAGAAGGACAUGAGUAUAUUCCGCUCAUCAAGAAAAUUAAGUAUAGUAACAAAAAGGUCGGGAAGGCGAUUGAGCAAGUGUUUGGCAAAGCAGUGGUUUGUGGCAACCUUCAAAAGGGUUAUGAGCUAGCUCGUUCCUAUAACCUAAACGCAAUCACAUUAGAUGGUGAUCGUGUAAGCACAAAGGGUGUUAUCAGUGGAGGUUUCCGAGACUAUAAGACAUCACGACUUGAGUCUUUGAAAAUGAAAACUAGAAAAAAGAAAGAGAUCAUGAAGUUGAAAGAGGAGCUAGCUACUUGUGCUGAGAGACUUCGCGUUGUUAAUGAAGACCUUACGUCAGCCACUAACCAACUUGAUACCGAACUCGCAAAUGUGGAUAAACAGAAAGCUUCAUUGGAACCACAGAGAGCUGAACUUCAUCAUUUGUUGGCUAAGAAAUUCAACUUGGAAAAGGAGAUCACUGCGAAUCAAAACACGGUUGAUACUUUGUCCUCUACGAUAUCUAACCUCAAGGCAAAACUUUCACAGUACAAAGAUGAAAUGAACUCAAAGUUCAGUCAAGCUUUAUCAGAAUCAGAGACUGAAGAACUUGCUAAUUCAUCAGCUAAAUUGUCAGAGCUUGAGGACAAGUUGAAUCAAACUGUCAGUGAGUCAGCAAGCUUAGAGACUCAAAUCUCUCUCUUAGAGGCGGAAAACUCGAACUUCAAUGCCCAAUUGAAAGCAAUUUUAGUUUCGGGGGAUCACAAUGAGGUUGGUGCAAGACAGCAAGAAGUCCUGGUUUUGUCCAAAGAUAUUGAAGCAUUGAAAAAGAAUCUUAAGGAAUUGAAAAAAGGGUUGGAUUCAAGCAUUUCCAGGCACGCUGAGCUUUUACUGCAAGUGGAAACAAAGAAGACUGAGCUUGAGAAAGAAAAUAAGCAUCAAGUGCAGACUGUUAAAAGAUUGGAAGGAGUCGGGAAGAAAACGGAACGAAUCCUUUCUAAAAAGGCAAUUCUUAAUAAUAGACGAGAAGAGGUCCAAGAAAAAAUAAAUGAGAUCGGCGUACUUCCUGAAGAGGCCUUCCAGCAAGAAACUUUUGCUGGCCUUUCUCUGGAUGAACUACUUGUGUUUUUGAAUGAUACUAACAGGGAAUUGAAGCGAUAUGCACAUAUAAACAGAAAGGCGAUGGAGCAAUAUGCUACAUUCACCAAAGAGAAAGAGGAGUUAGAAGCACGAAAGGAAGAGCUUGAGAGAUCCAAGGUUUCUAUCGAACAGCUUAUGAAGUCUUUAGAGCAGCAGAAAGGAAAUGCUAUCAAAAAGAGUUUUGAGCAAGUUUCAGAAAGUUUCCAAGAGAUUUUCGAAAAGUUGGUGCCAAAUGGUAUUGGACGGUUGGUCAUGAGAACUAAAGAAAACACAGAUGGUGUCCUAGGUGACCAAUCUAUCGAGGAUUACGUUGGUGUUUCAAUUCAAGUGUCUUUCAACUCUAAAGAAGAUGAACAACUCCAGAUAGAACAGCUCUCUGGUGGUCAAAAGUCACUAUGUGCUAUAGCUUUAAUUUUGGCUAUUCAAAAAUGUGAUCCUGCGCCAUUUUAUCUUUUUGAUGAAGUGGAUGCAAAUUUGGACACGCAGUACCGAACAGCGGUUGCCAAUAUGAUUCAAGCAUUAGCCAAGUCCGCCCAGUUCAUAUGUACAACUUUCCGGCCAGAGAUGUUACAGGUUGCUAACAUGUUCUUCGGCGUGUCCUUCAGCAACAAAGUUAGCACAAUUCGAGAAAUUCAACAAGAGGAUGCUCUUUCAUUUGUCGAGGCUCAGCGAUAA